AGGAACUCUGAGACAGACCCACCUGCAUUAGAGAGCGGAGAGAGCGCUCAGGAACUCUGAGACAGACCCACCUGCACGAGAGAGGAGCCUGGAGGGGGCUGCACCAGAGCUGGAUGUGGAUGGAAGAGGAACAAGACACAUGUGAGGCAGAAGCUCAAGAGGAAGAGAAAGUGAACACAGAGCAAGAAAUACAUUCCCUGAGGCGGGGGCGACAUAGAGGAAGAGACCACUUUACAAGGAAGAGACCACUUCACAAGGAAGAGACAUCCAGGAGUGACCCUGAGUGGUAGCAGAGAUGCUGGAGUCGUCUGAGAUAACGGCGCAGCCAUCCCUCCACCCCACCGUACACCACUUCUGUGAGAACUCCACCCAGGUACACGCCGAUGGGAACCCGGCCACCAGCACCCUCAUGUUUGCCAUGGGAGUAUUGGGGAAUCUCUUGGCACUGGGCAUAUUGGGCGUCCAUAGAAGAGAAAGGAGAGCGCGUGCCUCUCCGUUUUGUGUCCUGGUGACGGGGCUGGCGGUGACGGAUCUCCUGGGCACCUGCGUCCUGAGUCCGGUGGUUUUCGUCUCGUAUGCCCAGCAGGCAUCUCUCCUGGCGUUGGGGUCUCAGCCGCUCUGUAAACUUUUUGCCUUUGCCAUGACUUUCUUCAACCUGUCCUCCAUGAUGAUCCUGUUCUUCAUGGCCUUUGAACGGUGCCUGGCACUAAGUCAUCCCUAUGUAUAUGCCCAGCAUAACUGGGGGCACCGGCUGGCACGGGCGGCUUUGCCCAUUUCCUACAUUCUGCCUGCGCUGCUCUGUGCACUGCCGCUGAUCGGAGUUGGGGAACAUAAACAGUACUGUCCGGGCACCUGGUGCUUCAUCCGGAUGGCAGUGCCACCCACCACAGGGAGAGAUGGGACCCUGGCCUUUUCUCUGUUGUAUGCCAGUCUGACGGGUGUCCUGAUCCUGGCAAUAUUAAUCUGCAAUGCCUCUGUGACUGCCAGCCUGUGCCGCAUGAGGAAGGGUCAGAGGGCGAGAAGAGGGUCACUCCGCAGAGGGGGAGCCAGAGGAUGGUUCCUCGGAGCUGGUGAGGAAGAACUGGAACAUCUCAUCCUCCUGGUGCUCAUGACCACCAUCUUCAUGGUUUGCUCAGUGCCAAUGACGCUCCGUGCUUUCCUGGGCGCCCUCUACAACAUCGGGGACCCAUUGGAUGAAUCAGGUGACCUAAUGGCCUUCCGAUUCAGUGCGCUCAAUCCCAUCCUGGACCCCUGGAUCUUCAUCAUAUUCCGGGGAUCUGUGUUCCGCAAACUACGCUCUUUGCUUUGCACGGCCUGGAACAAACCAAGUAAAGCGGUCCUGGGCCCUGGUUCUGUAGAGACUGGUACCAUUAGUCCAAUGACCUCCAUCGCCGGACCCUGAGAGACCCCAGAGAAAAGCAACACAACAUGGAAGAGCGACCCACAGGCCUCUGCAGCUUGUGUGGAGAUGUCACAUGACAGGAGGCUCCGCGGGGGCGGGGCACUUGUGGGGAUUUGUCUGUUACAUUGUGAGGAGCAUGCAGUGAUUUAUUAUUUAUUGUGUGUGGACUAACAGCCGCCACUCUCUGUUAUCAGCCACACAGCAGCAGUAUUAAUAUGUGACGUGUCUCCACAGGGACUAUCCUGGAUCUGGGACUUCAUAAGAAUAAACUUUAAUGGAGGGUGGAUGGAGGGUUAAUAGUAACGAGAGGCCCUGACCCCUCCCCCAUCUCCCCUUAGGACAACUAAUGCCGCACUAUAACUGUGUCGUCUCUAGUUUAUU